AGAGAACCUUCUUGAUGAUACAUUCCUAGAUUGACUUUAAAAUGGAAGUCCCUGAAAACUUUAAUGAGACGGAGCCGCGCGGGGAGCGGGAGCGGCUGCGUGUGCGGGUGGGGGUGCUGGAGGAGGCCCUGCGGUGCGCGGAGGUGGAGUGCAGGGCCAGCAGGGAGACUCUGGUGCGACUGAUGGAGGAGCUGGAGCAGGAGAGGAGGAGGGCGGCCAGCAGCACCGCAGCCCGCCAGUCACUGCAAGAGGAGGUGGAGGGACUGUCGGUGGUCCGGCGGAGCGGGGAGCAGGAGAGGCAGAGCCUGCUGGAGCGCGUGGAGGCGGGCCAGCGGGUGGUGGCGGCGGCGGGGCGGGAGGCCCAGUGCCUGCAGGGCCAGGUGACGGAGCUGGACGGCCUGCUGCACCGGAGCCGCGCCGAGGCCCAGGCCUCCCGGGGCCAGCUCCACCGCCUCCUGGAGACGCUGGCAAGGGCCUCGGGGUCGCCCGGCGUCCCCGGGGCCGUGGUCGCCUCACAGGAAAUGUCCGAGGCGGACGUCGUAGGCCGAGUGGAGGAGCUCUGCUCGGCGCAGCAAGACGCAAAAAGGGUGAUGGACACCAGGCUGUCCCAGGUCUCUGUGGAGCUGGGCCGGCAGGCGGCCCUCCAGGGGGCUGCGGAGCAGAGGGCCCAGCGGGCGGAGCAGCUGCUCGGGGACCUGAGGGCGCGACUGCAGGACGCGCAGGCCGACCUGCUGGCUGUGGACGCGCAUCGCGACGCCCUCAGAAACACCAUGCAGCAUCAUGAAGAGUUCCUCAAGCUGCUGAUGGACACCAUGAAGAUCGACGGAGUGGACCUGGACCUGGGCGUGGACAUGAGGCUCCGGCUCAUCCAGUCCCGAGCAGAACAGCUCGUCAAACAGGAAGGGACCGCCGUGGUGGAGAACAAAACGCUGGCCUACAGCCUACAGAGAAAGCUGAAGCAGCAGAAGGAGCGUCUGGAGAGCAAGGAGCUCCACACGGCCCUGCUGAGGAAGAAGGUGCAGGAGAUGGAGGAGCAGGAGAGGAGGAGCCUCUCCGCCCUGGCCCUGGAGCGGGACGGGGCCCUGGGGGCCGUCCGCAGGCUCCACAAGAAGGUGGAGCGUCUGCAGAGCGAGCUGAACGCCGCUAAGCUCUCCAGCACAGAGCUGGGGGCCCAGGCGGCGCACAGCACCGAGCUCAAGCUGGCUGUGCUGGAGCAGAGAGAGCGCCUCCAGCAGCAGAGCAGCACUCUGGAGGCUCUGGUCGAGGGGAAGAGCACAGCGGAGGAGAGGCUGAGGGUCCUGACCUCUGACCUCCAGGGCCGAGAGCAGAGGGCCAGGGAGAACCAGCGGCAGAUCGCCUCCCUCACACACUCCCUCGACCAGGCCUCCGAGAGGGAGAGAGAGCUGGUCGACCUCCGCAUGGUCGUCUCUCAGAUGCUGGGUCUCGACACCACAACCCAGGUCACCGUGCCAAACCACCAGAUCAUCAGGUCACUGGACAGCUUACUCCACCCUCCUCUUCCUCCUCCUCAUAUUCCUCACCACCACCACCACCAACACCCGCCCCUCACUGGGUUCUGGCCGUGCCCCGCCCACCCAGAGCCUCACACGGGGCUCAGGGAGAUCCAGGCCCAGCGGGACAGCACCCCCAGUGGCCAGGAGGCGAACAGCACCAACAGGUCCUCACACUCUGGGCCCUAGAACAGCACCACCAGCCUCUACUUUAAUCUAAUCCCUCUGGGUCUCAGCCUCCACUUUAAUCUAAACCCUCAGGGUCUCUUGCACAGAGGUUGACUCAAUGGUCAUGAGUUAGCGAUUUGACGUUAUAAAUCUGAUAUCUUUAAAAAUGUAACUGGCCGCUUAAGGAGGCUUGACCAUUUCAUUUUCUGAUUUGUAAAUCUUAUUGUAUGGUUGUAUUCGGAAUUUGUGAGAUCGACCAGAGUUAUAAAAAGGGACAUGGUUAUUUGUGUUUUGUUCAUAUAAUGAAUGUUUUUGUUUCAAUACAUUUCAAAUAUCAUUGGAAGAGCAUGUUUUACUCAUGGAAACCAGGUGCAGUAGAAUAA